AUGACACAUCUAAACCUAAAAGUGAAAGAGCCUCGUGUCAAGUCUCAGGGGUUGCUGCCUCGCUGGACGGCGGCUCAGUUACUAGCAGGCGUACGCCGGGUUCACGUCCCUUCCGGAAGCCUUCCUCAAGCCUUCCUCGCCUCAGGCAGCGCACCAACCAUGGAGCUUCGCGCCCUCUUCCUCUUCUUUUUAUCUGUCUGGAGCCACGACGCCUCCGGAAGGACGCACGAAGGAGUGCUGGCCCAAGAGAAUGCUUGGCAAAAGGCGAACGAGGCUAAGACGCUAUCUUCCGAGGUCGGGAAUGGUGUUUUGAGCCCGUGGGAGCCAAGCUCACGGUCGCCGGAGCGGGUGAAGAGGUCACUCGGAGCACAAGACCGGAAUCACGGAUACGAGCAGCGGGGUCGAGGAUCAGCCGCCGGCGACUCGCGCCGUGCCGCCCUCACGCCCCGCGCGGAGGGCGGCGGCGGCGUCGACGUGCCUCCCCCGGCGGCGUCGCCCUCGCCCCGCCCCUUCGUGCCCGCGCUCACGCCGUCGGAGUUCGUGCGUGCUCCGGGCGGCGUCCGCGGCCUGUAUUUGCCCCCGACCCCCGAGCCGCCCACGAUAGCCCCCACCGAGCCGCCCUCACCGACACCUGUAAUACUCCAGAACAUUGUCACGCUGCCCUCUCUGCCGUGUCCUAAUGCGUGCGAGUUUCGGAACAGGAAUGGAAACUGUGAUGUCGAUGCUGCGUGUCUUUUCGAGUGAACACCAGAAAAAUGAAAUGGGAGAAGACACGCAGAGCCACACGUAGAGAAGCAUUUGUUUGUACAAUGUGGCGGUUAUCAUUUAAUCAGUAAUCGAGCGUGCCAAGAGCCCGUUUCUCUCUGCUUUGUCUUAUUAUGGCCAAUCAUUGCUUCUUUUCUGCAGUGCGAAACGCAAUACACAUAUUCAUACAUACACACGCAAGUAUAGAUUUGCAUAAAUAAACAUAUACAUGCAUAUAUCUACACACACACACACACACACACACACACACACACACACACACACACACA